AUGAGCUACAAUCAUUUAUUCAAAAUCGUUGUCGUUGGGGACCAUAAUUGUGGAAAAUCAUGUAUCCUCCUCCGAUUCGCCGAAAACACCUUCCGGGUCGACCACAUCAGCACGCUAGGCGUCGAUUUCAAGUUGAAGACGAUAAAGCUGGGCAGGGAUCGGAUACGAUUAGAAUUGUGGGAUACAGCUGGGAUGGAAAGGUAUCGGACCAUCUACAACUCCUACUAUCAUUCGGCGCACGGCGUCAUGUGCGUCUACGAUCUUACAAAUGAAAAGAGCUUUGAGAAUUUGGAAAAUUAUUGGAUUAAGGAAAUUCAACGACACGCCCCUCAAAAUGCGGUCCUAAUGCUCGUUGGAAAUAAAGCAGAUUUGGAGGAAGAGCGAAAGGUGGACUUUGAACGAGCAGAGAGGCUAGCUUCAAAACUAGGAGUAUCAUUAUACGAAGUCUCUGCAAAAACGGGAAUUAAUUGCGAAGAAGCUUUUGUAACGCUGGCCGGUGCGAUGAGGGAACGGGUGAUAUUGGCAGCAAAUGCCGCUUCAGAUGAAUCUGAUGAUGCCGAAACGUACAGCAGUGCAUUUCAUAUCGAUGGAGUUGUUGGUAAUGAUAAAAAGCAAUCAAGCCUCCCGUCUUGUUGCCAAUCGGCGCCAAAGCCCGAAUUUGUU